CUUUUCGGUGAAAUAAUUCUACUGUGAACAUUGAUUGUUAAAUAGUUAAGAUUGAACUGAACAUAAUAUUUCGCGUGUGGUAUGUUUUGCUGAGCUACAUCGCAGCUAUGAGGAGUACGUUAUUUGCUGUCAGCCUUCUUCAAUUUAGCUUUAUGCUCCAAUUCAGUAAUGCAGGUCAAUGCAAGUUCACGAAUGCCGUCUGCAAGUCACAUAAUGAAUCCUGGGUUACUGUGGACAUGUGUCGUCUGCGAGCAAUCAAUCGCAACAAGACUACUUUGAAUCUUCAAGUUACACUUCUGCAUACUACGAAAACUGUUCAUGCUGAAUCACAAAUAUUUUUCAAAGCAAACGGUUACAAGCCUUGGCUCUACAAGCCAUCAAUUGAUAUCUGUCGGUUUCUUAAGAAGCCAUAUAAUCCUGUUGCUGUUUUGGUGUUCAAUUUGCUUAAGAACUAUACCAAUUUUAAUACCAGAUGUCCCUUAUUGCCGAAGAAAACAUGUAGCUGGGGCAGCCAGGGGCUGAGGCAGCAGCUGCUGCUGAAGCUGAAACAGACGAAGCCCCAGCAGCGAUUGCCGUUUGGAAAGAUCUGA